AUGGAAUUGCUUGACAAUCUGUUUGAUCGACUGAAUGAGCUCACCAGUGUUUGAUUAUUCCUUUUUCUGUCGGAAUUCAAGUUCUUCUCCUUUUGCAGUUAUCGAAUAAUGAAGAUUUUGCUGUUGCUGUGAAAGAAGCGAAAAAAUUUAGCAAACGAGUUUCUUCAAUUCGUUCAAAUGACCAACAAAUUGAAAAAAGUUAUGAUGUAUUUUAUGUUUAAAUAAAGUAAAAAUUUUCAGAGCUUCUGAACGAGCUGGAUCUCGAAGAAAAGCGUCACUUCCAGCUCCGUCAAAAGGCGGAAGAAAUUAGAACGCAAAUAGCUCAAAUUCAAAAGAGCAUAGCAAAAGAAUCCCGUUUUCACGAUGAUCAGAAAGAAUAUUUGAGCGGUUGACUUUUAUCCUCGAUUUCCUCUCAAUGAAUCGAAAUUCUCCGUUACAGUCGCUCUCCCGGAAAGUCACCAAAAAGGUGCAAGAAUCGACGCGAUCAAGGAGGAGGCAGCGAGAAGCUUGCAAGCACUGGCAGAACUGAAAAAAGACAAGUAUGUUUUCAGCCCGAUUGGAAAAGUUUUUCCGAUGUUCUCUCAAUUCUUUGCAAUAUCUCGGUUUAUUUAAGGUACACGUCUCUUUACAACAAAAACAAUUGUGAGCAGGCCUUUUGA